AUGGACUGCAGUCUCACAAACGUCAGAAGAAUUCAGAAAAAGAUAUACUUUGUGUUUUUCAUAUUUUGGAUUUAUCUUCCAUCUCAUAACAAUGGGAUAAACCCACCGUUCAUCAGUCCCUGGCAUACAUUAACGGUCAAUGGAACAAGCCCGGUGUAUAUCCCCCACCCCCUCGGUGAGAUACCGGGGAAGGUGGACGUCCAGGUCAAGGUGGUUGAAGCAGGACAAGAGUACAUAUUCCCCGGAAUCGGGUCAGGUCAAAGUGAUGACGACAUCUUGGCUGAGUACGGAGGCGUAGCUUAUCUAUAUAAUGAUGUUCAUGUUAAAGUUUUUAUUCCUAUCGAAAAGAGCGACAGUGCUGGAAUUGGCCGCAUCGUAACAACGGGUCCCGGAUCCUACUCUGGUCCAUUCCAAGGCACCUUCGUGACCGGAAGUGUCCGGAUCAGAGCCUGGCGAUCAUCAGACUGGCCGACUCCAAAUCACGAGACCAAGAUCACCAUAUCCAACAGUGCACCACACCAAACUGUUCCUCACUGUCUGGGGACCUAUACCUAUCCCGAUUUCGUCACCGCACAGGUGAAUGUGGGUGGUGGUUACGUGACAGAAGCAACAGGCGUGGUACCUCUCACCGUGAACGAUGGUGGAUUAGCAGCAUCCUUAACCAACACAGAACACAUCUGCGGAGUUGUGUACGCAAUCACUCAGACCUCCAUUACAAUUUGGUCGCCGAAUAAAAACAAUGACUUUGUGACAUGUUUUUCUGAUGGCUGGGGAGCAUCUUUAAAGUUUUCAUCCGCUGAUGUCAUAGUUAAACAAUGGAUCCUGUCUCCAUUUGACCUUCACACUGACUAUUCGUUCACCUUGAACUCGGGUGACGCAACGACGGGUCGAAUGUCAUCACUGCUACCAAUUGACCUGGAUAACUAUCUAGUAUCUGUGCAGGCAAGGGACACGACUGUUUCAAACGGGCGGAUGUUCCACGCGUCAGGUUCGGUAACUGUGGGACGAUCAGGGGAGAAUUUUGGUGGGGUUGUGUACGGUUAUACCAGCAGCGAAGUUCUGUUAUGGACGCCUAGUGCCCCCACUGGUCACUUGAUUUAUGUAGGGGGAGUGUGGGGAGGAGGCGUCGACUCCAUGGCUGUAAACGAUGCGCAGAUUACCAUCAAAGUGGUCAAGACCGGAGGCGCAGCAAGCUCCACUGUAUGGUCGUCCCCGCUACCUGCGCCAGUUAAUAUUACCAAUGCAGACGUUAUGGUCGAGUGUAACUAUGCUCUAUACUCCUGCCGAGAGGGAUACUAUUCGAACGGCGCCAGCAGUUAUAUUGUUUAUGAUGGUCAGGCGUGGUCAAGCACGGCUAUGGAAUGUAGACCGGUUCCAAAUCCAGCUAAUGCAACCCCAAUCGAAGAGAUUGUUCGGCACUUGAAAAUCUCCAAAACUAAUACGUCAGCUUACGAGAGGAGUCUCAAAUGUGCCUAUGAUCCUCGCCCUAGUUCUACGGCCAUAGGAGGAGUAGGGGUGGCAGUUUUGUGCUUAUUCGCCGCAUUGAUUAUUAUAGCCGAUUGCGAAGGAAUUUACCGCAACAAGGAACUUUUAUGUGGUGGAACUGAGACAGGCGAUAGCAUGUGAUAAGAAGGGAACUGUAAUAGAUGUGAUAUAUUACUCGUAUGCAUAAUUUAGGUUUCUAUUGUUUGGGGAUUUCAAAUCAGUUCAGAUGUUAUAUUAUGAACUGUAUUAUGGUUAUACUCGACUUGAAAAAAAUAUGACAUUAUUUGCUUCAUCCUCGCUGGUUAAUUGCAGGGGUCUCUGAUCAUAUCGCACCUCAACGAUCAGAAACCUUUGGCUAGCAAAGAUGUGUUUGCUAAAGAAAUAUUGAGGCUGUUUUAAGUCAUGUCUAAAAAGAAACAAUAAGGAAAAUAUAAGGAUUUUUUAAAAUAAUGUUAGUGUUAUUUGAAGACAUAAUUUAUCGGAAUCGAAGCAUUUUUUUGUCAGGAUGGGUAUAAACUAGCAAAAUAGUUGGCACUUGAUGCAUGCUUUUGCUUUUAAUUAGAAGAUUUAAAUUUUGACAUAAUAGUUUGUGAUCUAACAAGAGCAUUUAUAAGAUUUGUAAAAACUAAGUACAUUCUUUAGGUUUUGGUAUCAGAAAAUCACAUGAUCAUGCAACACCUUAAACGUGAGUGCAUGCAGGUAAUGUACCAUUUUUGCCCUAAGUAUCAAGUGGUUAAAAAAAUAUGAUUGUUUUAGAAAAAAAAUCUUACUUUUGUAGUAUGUUUCAAACACUAGCGAAAUGUGAUAAAAACAGAAUUUUAAUAUUAUAUCAUGUUGUUUUAAAAAACAGAUGAUUAAAAUAAGAUUAAGUGCAUGUAGAGAAUGUUUUUAUGAUUUGAUGAGUAUUAGCUUUA